AUGGCAAGAAGUUCUGCUGUGAACACUGAGCGAAGAGCAUUGCCUUUUACAAAUGCGGAUGCCUUUUGCUGGGAUGCACAAACCGUAUCCUGUUGCUGUACUACUCUUGGAACCAUCGGUUUAGAUCUUCAAAUGGUCGGCGUACAGGGAAUCAAUAAGAUCAAGAGCGAUUUGUUUACCUUUUGGCCAUCUGUUUUCCUUUACUUUAUUAAGACUCCAAGAGAGAAGGAAGACAAGGCAACGCUUAAAAAGUCUUUAAAGGAUGGUAAAUUAGCCGAUAUCAAAGACGCAUUAGCAAGUUACAGAAGACAUGAUGUUGAAGAAGAAGAGAUCGUUACAGAAGCUACGGAGAUAAUACACUUUCUUCAAGUCAAAGAAGAUUUAUGGGAUGCAAUGCUAAGGCGUCAUAAAGGUAUUUUAGAACAAGCUAUUGCUGCAGCUGAAGCAUUAGAAUCUCCGAAUAGAAUAAUGAGCCUUUUAACUCGAGCCAAAGAGAUCUUAAAGCGGCUUGAACAGCAAGAUCAAGUUAAAGUGUUAGUAAUGAAACAAACCACUAUAAGUGAACUACAUAAAUACAACCAUCCUAAACAAGUCGUACAUGAUGUCAUGAUGGCGACGUAUUCUCUUCUUGGUGAAAAGAUUGCUUAUUUAGACGAUUGGGAAAUGAUACAGAGUCUAACGAGAAAAACUGGUAGAUGCGGUCUGUUAAGAAAGAUUCGAGAGUUUGAUUUUAGUAAAACAAAUAAAGCAGCAUAUAGUUUCGCCAAAGAAAAAAUAGAUAAGUAUGAGGAAAGAGUGGUGAGAUUAGCUAGUGGUGGUGCUGGAACCUUCUAUAAAUGGUGUAAAUUCACAUUAAAUCAGAUCGCAGUAUCAAGAGAAGAUCUACACAAUGAUUUUACUUAUGAUGAAGAAAGUGAGAUUUCGAAAUAA